UGUAUGUAAUAAGGACGUGCUUGGGUAUUUAUAUCUGUCAUCUGUUCUCUGCUGCUUGAAACACUUUUGGUCUGUCGUUUCCGACAUUUCCGUCCUUCUCCAUCCAUUCAUCCGUCCACCUACUCUACUCUACUCUACUCUACUAUACGGCCUGGUCUAUCCACAACACUACCCAUAUACUACCAAUUAACCACGGAUUAAACCAACUAUUCAAACAUCCAUACUUAACCCCCUAGCAGAAACAAAUGUCGAAUAUGAAUACAGCCUGAAUCAAGAGGCCAGCCAAUUAGGUGGUGUGCGAGGCUUCACUAGACGGACAGUGCCCUCCUCAUGUCCAUGAAAUGGAUCUCAACAACUCAGCACUUUGGGACCACCAAGAAAGCGGAAAUGUUGCAUGGUGGGCAGGUCGGCGCCCAAAUGACAAUGAUAUUAUCGCAGGUAUCAAAACUUGUUCAUCAGACGUUCCAAACACUCCCGAAACAAAUCCACGAACGCGCCAGGGACAACUACCUGCCUGCCUGCUGUAUCUCUGCUACAUGUCUUUGUUCGUCAAGGUAUCCGGGCUCAAUGCAUCUCCCCGAUCAUAAAUACGAAAUAUACGACAACAAAAUCCUUCUUCCACGACGGCCAACACCAAGAAGCCAUCAGUCUUAGAUUGCCCAUCCUGUCUCGCUCCGAACGCCAUACUCCUCAUGAUGUAGCGUCACGCGUACAUCAGGCACAUAUCACUAUACCAGUGGCUCAGACGUAGGUCCGCUGGCGCUUUUCUGGCGGGCUUUGGCCAUCCAUUCGCCCUUGGCUGCUUUGUGAGAUGCUUGUUGGGAAACUAGCUCGGCUCGCACUGGUGGGCGUCAGGCCGUACUGGUUUGCGCCAUUUACCAUGCCGUAGCCUUGAUCCAUCCCUGCCGUCAUGGGAGACUGCUGCGGCAUCUGUCCCGGGGACCAGGUGGCACCAGUCGCUGGCGGCGUGGGCGUUGUCUCAAACUUGAAAUUCGUUCCGCCGGAAGUGUUCAAGUUGCUCGGCGGGUUCAUGUAACCUGCGCCACCAACUACAUAACCUGAGCCUGAUUCUUGUUGAGUCGAAGGGUCAUAACCCUUAAGAAGGUAGCUCAAGUGAUUUUCGACAAUCUUCUGCAUUCCACUCUUGGUAAAUGGCUUGGCCAGAACUCCGUUCAUACCUAGUGAUGCAAAAUUAGUUCCCAUGUUCGUUCGCAACUCUCCUGCUUCAGCUAGCACUUACCGUGUUCAAAAUAGCAGUGGACCUCGUCAGAUCGGAUAUUCGACGUCAUAGCAACAAUGGGAAUGGCAGGGCAGUCUUGCCGAAUAUACAUGGUUGUCGAGACACCAUCCAGCUUGGGCAUUAUGAUGUCCAUGAAGAUCAUGUCGAAAUGAUCACGGGCAACACUAGUGAUACGGCUAUAUGCGUCUGCUCCGUUUUGCUAAUCGAUGGUCAGUCAGGUGGCCCAAUAGGGUUAUUGGGGAAAUCACAUACAGCAUGCUCGACUUCACAGCCCAUCGACUUGAGAAACUUGAUACCAAUCUUAGCACAAGUCGGAUCAUCUUCAACAAGGAAAAUCCUGGGUUUUCGUGAUGCCCAAGUGAGGGCCGAGUUGGUCGACGAGUUAGAGUUUGCGUGUGUUUGGAUGUUGAUAGGCUGGGGAGCAGGCACCUCCUGCAUGGCAUUGGCGCUGGACUCAUUCGGCAUCGCAUAAGGGAUUUUGUGGAUGUGAUCUGAGUGGAAAGGAUCGAUGCCGACGGUUUGACCCACCGGGUACACGGGAUAGCGGUUGAUGUCGUUCAUUGGAUCAUGCAUCAUAGGCAUUGAGGCUUGUGGGAUGACAACUGCGGAGUCUGCCGGAGAUCCAUAUACGCCCUGAAGACGUUCCAGCUCUCGGUCGGCAAUUUGAUCAGGUGUCACGCUGGACAGAAGCUCACGAGCCCUUCGCAGUUCUGGUGCCGAAUCGUCACUACCAUCCAGAGGAGAUGUCCCGACAUUGAGGUGCAUGCUCUGUUGAUGGCGGUUGUUUGAAGGUGAGAGGUAAUUAAGCAUUUCGUGCUGUGAUUGCUUUUGCGCAUUGAGCAUUUUUUGCAAAGUCAGAACCUCAUUCACAAGAAGUCGGUUGGUCUGAGACACUUCAGUGAAGAGCUCCUGAAGCUGUUGAACUUGCUGCUGGGUAGCUGUCAGUUGUUCAGUCAUGACGCUGAUGUGAUGGCUGGUUGUGAAGUCCUCUGUGGCUUGUGUCCUCCUUGGUGCCGGGGCCUUUCGACGAAUGUUAUCGAGAUCGUCCUUGCUGCCCACCCUGAAAUUGGGAUGCUUGAACUCGAGAGUCUAGCUUUCUGGUCAUUAUUGGCUUUAGCAUCCAACGGUCAGGUAAACUCACAUUGGCACCAUUGGCCGCAGAUCCACUGUCAUUUGUUUGUCGCACUUUAUGGAAAUCGUACUUGUUCAAUUGUCGGACAAAACUAGCCAUGUUGCUGUGCUUGAAGUGCUUAGGCAAGAUUGAACGUGUGAAUUUUUCGUUCUAGGCCUAUUAGCGUUUGAUGGUUAUAGUCGAUUUCAGCUCAAGCCUACCUCAACAACGACGAACGUAUCGCCGUCUUUUCCCCAUCUUGCAACGUCCUGAUGCGCUGGAUCUUCGAGCAUCCUUGAAAAGUGUUAGCAUUGCAUGCACAGGCAGCUACAAGUGGCCAUACCGAUAAAGCUUGCGAACCUAUCAGAGGUGUCAGUUGUGAUGUAAUCAGCCACUGUCGUCUUGUCGACUUACAAACUCGCUGGCAUUGCUGCCACCAACCCCGGGGGUUGAGGUUCCGUCACCAGACAUAUUAUGUGUUUAUAUAAGGAGUGCCUUUUCUACUCUAUGUUUUGCUUCGAGAUGAUUUCGCCGCCCGUUUGCUAUCAGAACAAUACGGAUUGUUCAAGAGUCGAUUCGACGGAUAACGGAUGGAAGAGGCGUUUAACCGGGCCGAGUCGCCGUUGAUCGUUGUCGAACCUUAGGUAACAAACAAUAAGUCAAAAAAGAACAGUUCUGGUUCUUUUGAACAGAUGAUGAAUGGUUUUCGAUGCGCCGAGCAGAGAUGAUAACGAAUGGCGUAAGGGCUAGUUGCAGACUCUAGAACUGGACGCGUUGAUGUUCAGUCGUCGCCAGCAGGUCCAGGGGCUCCAAAGCUUUGCUGGCUAGAGUGCUCCAGAAUGAAUUAAAAGGGCCUUCGCAGGGAGAUCGAAUCGAGGGCGACGAUGCGAUAGAUGAGGGCUGUCGCAAUUGCAAGACCAAGGGGCUGAAAAUGGGGAGGGAAUGAGGAACGGGAAACGGGGACCGGGCCUGAGUUGUAUCUCAAGACAGACAAAGUUGGGAGGCCGUGUGAGCGGGAGUGGGCACAGGCGUGGGUGGAACGGAAUAGCCUGCUUUUGUCUCUGAACUCGAGUGGCUUGGCUUUGGCGGGGGGUCGUAGUGACUUACCUCCUGGCCCGGUUAUGUGGAUAUUACCAGAUACUCAGUACCUAGCGCACCUUGCUCAACACGCUCUCUUCCGAGAGCAGAUGGCACUUCCCACUUGGGCUGGGGCAGGGGGAUCUGUGCUUUUGCUGGUACUGGUGCUGAUGCUGAUGUCGCUGCUGAUGCUCUGAGCAAGGCGAAAAAGAAAAGCUUGAGCCAGAGUGGGCUUUUCCGGCCAAGGUUGGUUUAGCCUCAACCAAGAUCGCGGUGGGAAUGAAGCGCUAUUGCGCGAACAAGUCUGGCGGCCGUCCCUGUGGGGGGUCCCCUUGUGUCCAUCCAAAGCUUUUUGGUCCUUCACAGCACUCCAUGACCCUUGGUUGGCUGCCCGGUUGUACUGGAGAUCGUCCCCAAAUUCGACUGUGUGGAGGUGAUCAUGGCGCACCGUGGCCACUAUGUGACCUAAGCUUCGUUUGGAAGAUCGCUAGCUGGUGAAGAAGCGAGAGAGAAAAAACCACACAGCUGUUGAGAUAUCCAUUCUGCUACAGUCCUGGCUUCGACGCCAUGUUGAUCGUUCUCGCGCCGUGCGCACGGAAAACAGGACAUCCACUACAAACACGAAGCCGGUCACGACGAGACAUUCGCUGCAAGAAUGACGGGUCCGUCAGAUUUGUGUUCCUCUUUCUUUAGCCCCAUUGUUUCCGUCACUCCUGGCUUGGUUAUGUCAGGAAGGCUGUUGGAGCUGUCCCGUGUCUUGGUUCCAUUUGUAAAGCCAUGCAGUGUUGCGCCAUGUAGGGAGGCGGAUGCGGGUGGUGUUAUUCAAGACUUGGGCAGCCGACAGGAGAGAUAAAGAAUGCUUUCCUUGAUGUAGCAAUAGACGCCUGGCCAGCUUUGUGUCCAGGUGCUUGCGCUAUUGUGUCAGCUUAAACUUCCAACGUGACCAAUCAACUCAGACUUUAACUAGAUGAGAAAGCCGUCGUAAAGUGUUCCUAGUGUUGAGUACUGGGGCCACGUUCCUGACUGCAUUUGUAGCAUGCUGUGGAAUGCUGGGAAUUUCUCUCACUCGAUCAACGGAAGACACCUGUCGUGGUUGUAGCUCAUGACUCGGGAUUGGAGACCCAGCAGCCUGGAAAUCUGGCUACUGUCUAAAUCAUGUAGCCACAACCAUAGUUCUCUUCGAUACAGCAACAUUGAUGACAUCAGAUGGCUAUAAUCGUAGUUUGAGUGGUAUUGAUAAUGCGACUGCCUAUUUCUAGGCUCCAGAUAGAGGCAUGUCGUUGUUAGCUAAGCUCGGCGGUUCCCUGGUCAAGCCAAACGCCAACGUUCUUAACUAAACAGUAGUGAGACUCCCAGUUGUCGGGGAUGAAUAAUUAAGGGUAUGUCUUGAGACUGUGUUGCCCUCGAGGUGUAUGAAACCAUGACUGGUGUUUCCAUGCAGAUUCGAUGUAAGGGCCGGUCAGGUUUUCUUACACCAUUAGACCCUGUAGUUUGCGUUGACUGAGGACCCAGUGUUGGGCGCUGACGCUUUGUGAGAAGAUCUGCAAGAGAAUCAUGAUGCAGCAAGAUCGGGGCAUCGACACAGCGCUAGGGAUAAAAUACUGAGAAAACCUGAGAACCUUACCCCGUACAUUGCAACACCAUGCUCAAUCAACAGCCUAGCCGUUACCUUGGAAGAAAGCUGAAAAGACAUGAGGGAAACGUUCCGAGAGAAUAGCUUACGAGAGUGAGGAACCAGUCCGCUAAUGACCACUUGCUGUAGACGUUUCGGUUAUCGUCGAACCAGAGUCAUAGAAAGUCAGCCAAGAACUGAGACGACACACUCAGCCUCAGCCAAUGCUUGAGUACUGGCCGCAGCAUAUCAGGUCUUAGUGUUGUCCUUGCCUGGAAUGGUCAUCUUUCCUCGCAUGCCGUGGUACGGAUUUAGCUGCAAUAAGGGAGAUCAGCGAAGCUGAAUACGGAGUAGAGUCCAAGCAAUAUUGAGUAACAUCGAAAGUGGAAGCCGGAACUCGAUCUAGCAAUGCUAGACCAGGAUAUGAUAAUGUUUCUUUUUAGCCUGUUAUUUUUCGCGUCUAUUCCUGUUAUAGGAUAUCAAGCACUGUCCUUUACUGUACGGUUCGCGUGCUUUGUGGUCGUCGGGUAGAGUGUGGGUGCUGAAGAAGCGACUGCCGCAUCUUAUUGAACGUCAAGAUAGACUCUUGAACCCCCAAGAUGCUCUAUCGGGAAGCAAUAGUUUGUUCAAAUGUGGAGGUCAAGAUAGAAACAAGCGAGAGGUCCAUGAUCGGUCGAGACCGUGGCCGUUGGCAAAGAACGAGGGCGAGAACGAAGCGGGUAGCUACCUUCAUUGCAACUGUACGAGCGGAUGCGGGCACACUGUACACGAACCGCAGAUAUGGAGAUCGCAAUCUAUCACCUGCCUCAAACUAAUCUGGCGACCUAACACAGUGCACGGCUGAGAAUUCCUUAAAAGGGCAAAGAUGAAGGGAGGGUCCAGCGCUUGUACUCUCAGAAAUCAUUCUUUUAUUAGUUCUUUUGAAUUAUUAGGGCCUAUUUGCGGGGUUGUUUAAUGACAGGGGGAGAGGACCCUGAAUUCCUGAGGUUUGCCUUACCUUUGUAGCUUUUAUCACUGAAAACCCUCAGAUGGAAGACUUUUGUUGGCCUGGCCUUGGUCGAUAACCAUCAUCUAGGUACUCUGUACAGUUUGUACUUAUGAAUAACACUAGGGCAGCGUUUUGAAGCACAUUUCGCAAGAUCAUCACACCCACACACUACCUCUCAGGGUUAGGUAGGUCGAGGGCAUCUACAAAGCUGGAUUACCACCACAAACCUGACCUAAUUGACUUGCGACUGUCUAAAUUGAGAGACAUCUGCAUCAAAUUCUACGACCGAGACAUGCCUAGGAUCCAAGAUAUAUAAAAAGACAGUUGCGGAUGCCUUCGUGAACGUAUUGAACGCAAACAACAUUUGACAGCCACACUAAUCCACGGUCAUCUCCCAGCCGGCAAGGUUUCGUUGCAUGGUAGGUCGUUUGAGACCAUCGCUUUGACUAUAUUUCAAGUUGUGUCUCUCAUUGUCCCGGAUAUUUCCCUCGUUCGUCGAGGAACCGGAUCCACCAAGGGACAACUCUACAGUUGAUGCUUGGACAAUUCCAGCUGCCAGAAGCCCUAUCCACCCUCUAAUUUUAGCAUGUUGUUUCCCCUGCUCAAGAUGGAAGAUGCUAAAAAGGAAACCAAACGACCCGAAAGUUGUCGGACCGCCGGCGAAGCCGCAUAGAUAAAUGUUGCCUCUCUAGUUUAGUCCCCGAUCGGGCGCUACAGCCUCCCGGAACCGAAGCGACACCAAGUCUUCUCAUCCGAUGAGUACUGCCUGUUCCUGAGCAUGUGCCUGUCGUUCAUAUUCCGCCAGGCUCGUGCUUAAACGGGCCUCAUUGAGAGACGCCAUUAUCGAGCCAGUUCGAGUGUCAGCUGUCUGUCAAAAGUCAAACCCCCUCCUCCAAAGGCAAUAGCUCCUUGUUAAGCGAAACUUAGACGCUCGGGCGUCUAGGCUUGCCGAGAAACAAACAAGGCGGAAACACAACUACUGAGAUACCUUGUGGAGGUCACAAAUAUGUAAGUGUUGGGUGUUUUCGGAAUUUGAGUGGUCCGCGUGUUACAGUCAAGGCUCCAGAUAUAGCGAGCUGAAGUAUUAUGCCUGGUAUGUGUAGCAAAGUGAAGUCUGGAAUGUCCACGAAGUCUAUCGGAACCCAUCGUUCGGCGUCGGGUAAUAUUAUUUCCACCAGAUCAACGGGCGAUUAGUUCUUUGGCAGUGGAGUUGGAGGGUUUGUGUGAUUACUCAGCAGAGCAGUUUGACUAAUUCACCGAGGUGAGAGCCCCUACACCGAGGUGAGGUGGGGAGGUAGGUUCUGUUGAUUGAGUCACUGGAAAUUUGACCUAACCCCACGGUUCGCGUGCGCUUCAACUUAAACUUCACAAUAUUCGCCCAAACAUCUCGGACGCAACGCUCUAACCCCGACAAGUAACCAUGUCGCACAAGGGCAAUAGUGGCAAGGGCAAAAAGUCCUCAAAAACAGGAGCCGAGAGCAAAAGCGAGGAUGUUCUCCAGGCGGUUGUCCUUGCCGACUCCUUUCAAGACAGAUUCAAGCCCUUCACCACCGAGAAGCCAAGAUGUCUUCUCCCUCUCGCAAACACCCCCCUCAUCGAGUAUACCCUUGAAUUUCUAGCCAUGAACGGUGUCAACGAAGUCUACAUCUACUGUGGUGCUCAUACCGACCAAGUCGAAGACUACAUCAGCCGAUCUCGGUGGUCAGCAGCCGCGCGCACGUCUCCCUUUUCCGUUCUACAAUUUGUCCGAGUCUCCGAUGCCCGAUCAGCCGGCGAUGUCCUACGAGAUAUGGACAAGAGAUCUCUUGUCGAUGGCGAUUUUAUCCUCGUGCAUGGCGACCUCGUGUCCAACAUAAUGCUUGAUGGUGCUCUGGCGGCGCACCGAAAACGGAGGCAAGACAGCGCAGCCAAUAUCAUGACAAUGGUGUUGCGCAGUGGUGGAGAGGAUGAUCACCGAACAAAGACGAACGGAAUCACGCCCAUUUUUGUGGUCGACACAAAGACUCAACGAUGUCUUCACUACGAUGAGAUGAGCCCCUUAGCAAGCGAUCGAUACAUGUCAUUAGAUCCAGCUGUCGUGGAUGAGCUAUCCACCGAAUUCGAGAUUCGAUCCGACCUCAUCGAUGCUCAGAUCGACAUUUGUACACCCGAGGUACUUGCGCUUUGGUCAGAAAGUUUCGACUACGAGCUUCCCAGGAGAAACUUCCUUCACGGCGUGCUCAAGGACUGGGAGCUGAACGGCAAGAUGAUCUAUACUGAGAUUUGCGAGGAGGGUUACGCAGCCCGAGCAAGCAAUUUACAGCAGUACGACGCCAUCAGCCGCGACAUUCUAGGCCGAUGGACUUAUCCCUUCAUUCCAGAGUGCAAUAUUGUUCCCAAACAGGCUUACCAGCGUCACAGACCAGGGGUUGUGGUCGAGCACGGUGCAUUCUACGCGAAUACUUCCCAAGUCCAGAACUCGGUCAUCGGACGCAACAGCUACAUUGGCCCGGAAAGUAGAAUCUCCAAUUGCAUAAUUGGGCGAGACUGCAAGAUUGGUAAGAAUGUCAUUCUGAAGGACUGUUACAUCUGGGAUGACACCACAGUCGGGGACGACGCAAGGAUAUACAGAUCUAUCGUGGCAGAUUCGGUCACUAUUGGAGAGAACUCAACUAUAGCAGAAGGUAGUCUCAUCUCCUUUGGUGCCACCAUUGGCAAGAGCAUUAGUCCCCCUAAAGAUACUGUCAUUUCAUGCGUCGAUUCUAAGGGCAAUCCCUUGACGCCGGAUACCGAGUUGCUUGGAUCUGGUACCAACGCCGCAGCAUUCAAGGACCCUGAGGAUGAUGAGGUUGACGAGAGAGACCCCUGCCAACUUCAGAAGAGUCUCAUGUACAACCUUUUCCAGUUCAAUAUCUCCACCUCAUCGGUGUCGACACUGUCUUCGGAAAUCUCUGAAGAUAUUCCGGAUGAGAAUUCGCUGCACGUCGACACCACCGACCCUUCCCGCCGCACGUCCUUCGCCUCCGAUGAUGCUGGCGACAAACUCUCAUUCCACAGCGAGGCCGUACACGGUCUGGUCGACGCUCUUCGUGCCGAGUCCGGUGAUUUCGAUUCGGCUAAGCUUGAGUUCAUGGGCUUGCGUCUCUCCAACGAUGCCUCGGACGCUAUGAUGCGCCGAGCUGUGGCCACUGCAUUUGCCCGUCACGCAGUCGACCUCAUGACCCCUGAGCACGGCAAUCUCGAACCCAGCAAGGCCGCUGAACAAGCGUUAAGGGCUCGCAAGGGUGCAGCAAAGUUCAUCAAUGAGGUCGGAAUUGGUGGCGAUGAUGAUAAUGAGGCCGAGCAAGUCGAGUUCAUCAUUGCGCUCCAGAAGGCACUCACGCGCUCCCAAGGACCCGAGCAGUCCCGUGUUGGCACUCUCCUCGCCGCAAUGCUACAGCAGCUAUAUGCGCUCGAUAUCCUUGAGGAGGAGGGUAUUCUGAGUUGGUGGGGUAAUGAGCGUACCGUUGAAGGUGAGGCUAUGACAUUGCUGAAAGAAAAGUGUCGUGUGUUGGUGGAGUGGCUGGAGAACGCCGAGGAGGAGGAUGACAGUGAUGAGGAAUAGAUGGUUUUGCGUCAUUCUGUCUGUAAAGAUCACGGAGUACAAAAUAAACAAAGGGACAUGGCUUUUUAUAUAAAAUAAAAAAAGUCUAACACAAGACACCUUCCUACCUGU